AUGUCUCUCCAAGUGAUUGAACUCGAGGACCUUCACAUCAAGAAUGCCGCAUAUUCAAUGGAACUUGUGGUGACAUCGAAAGCUUUCUUUAGUUUCCCCCCUGGUUCUUCGUUCAUAAAUCUUGAUUGUUUACGGGAAGCAUUCGCAUCUGGUCGGAUUUGGGUCACUCGAGAGUCACCUUGUAGAUUGGACAUACAGAUAUUCAUCGACAAUCAUAAACUAAGAUCUAGCUCUGGGCUACCUAUUAUUGGUAAUAUAGGGGCUUCUCUCUGUAACGCAGAGAUUUGGAAGAAACUAUCCCUUGAAACCACUCUCUCUAUUCCAAAAGAAGAUGGAUUCGUUAUGAAUCAUCCAAUAAUAUCUAUUUUCAUCUUUCCUAAACCCAUGAACACUAAUGAUCAUGAAGGCUUUUAUAUUUCACCUCCGCCAGGAAAAACUUUAGUUGCCUCUUGUGAAAGACUUGAGAUGAAGCUUUGGCUUAAAACUAAGACUUCCCAUGUCGACGAGUCGAAAUUGGCAAAUGCUCAGAUCCGUACCAACGAUUCUAUCAUUUUGGACGAAGCAUCCAAUACUUUAUGCGAGUUUUUGCGAACAAGAAAUCCUCACUUUACCACAUCUGAGCUAGAUUCUUACAGCUUUUGCAAAUUGAGACCUUGUGAAAGUACAUCUAGUUCUGGGUGCAAGCAGCCUAUUUAUGGAUCUAGAGCGUACAGCAGAGAAUUUUCGAUUAUUCCCAACACCCUAACCCCAAAAUCCGAUUCUUUUCGACAUAUUAGUGUUAAUAAGAAUCGUCAGUUUCCAGGAGACAUCUUAAAAGCUUCAUGGAAACAAUGGUCAAAUUUAUCUAAGAGCUCGUUAUAUCCUAGUAAAUCAGAAAAAGACCAGCUAAUUAAAAUUACUGGCCUCAAGAAGUCCCAGGUUAACGGCUUGCUUUAUAGGUUACGACGAAAACUGCGCGCAGAUAUAUCUUUUGAUGAUGAAAUGCUUUUAGGCUCAGGUAUUGUUGCUCCAGAUUCGGGGUUACCCUCAAAUAAAUUGCACUAUAUGAGUAAUCAGGGCACUGUUUCCUCGGUCAGUGAUGCCUCAUGGUCACCGUUAGUAGAGUUACCCUCAUGUCAUGAUAAUAUUAGUGGAUUUUUCUGUCAUCAGGGCCUUCAAAGAGACUUUCUUGAAAUGUGUAAUGCGGCUUCAAUUUUCAAUAACUCAAGGCACUUGCCAAACAUCUCUCAAGCACUAGUUUCACUUGUGCAGAGAUCUUAUUCAUCAAGUCUACAGAGUAAACUGCAUCACAUUGUUCGAGCGAGUUCAGAACUUUUCGCCCAAAAGUUACCUAGAGAAGAAGUGGAAGGCACAAAUAAAGAUGUGACAGCCAUUUUGCAAGCUGAAUUAUGGGCUAUGUUGCAGAGAAAACUUGGUGACUCGAGUGCAAACAAAAAGCUUUUAUUUACUAACGGCAGAAAAACGAAUGAUGAAGAUGCGCCGCUAGAUCUUUCUGAUUUUAGUGAACUAGCCAUGAGUGAGGCGAGCGAAGAAAGUUAUGAGGACUUGAUAGAGGCCGAAGUUGAAGAUUAUUUUGACGACCCAUUUGAUGACUGGACUGAUACUCAGCUCCUAUACGAAAAUCAAAAUGAAAUGGAAGAUGAGAUUGGCAACAUGCUUCUUGACGAGUUGCCAAGAGUACUGCAAGAUGAUGAUGAGGCCAUACUCCUUGACAAACCAAAAGAACAGGAAUUUAUGCUUCUUUGGUAG